AUGAAUAAAAGCACAAAAGUUAUAGUACACAUUAAGCAAAUGAAAGAUGAGAAUGGAAAUAUAAUUAGAACAGAACAAGGAAACAUCAAGAAAUGUGAACAGUAUUUCUCUAAAUUACUGAACGAGGAAAAUGAACGGCUGAUCAGAUUAGUUCCUGUGCCGACGACUAACUUUUUGUACCCUAUAAGAAUAUCAUCUUCAAUUUGCCCUAGCUUAGUGCGUCCAAACCGUCUAGAGAAAGCUUAUGAUAGAGUGCCGAGACAGGAAGUGUGGAGAUGUAUGCGCAAGCGAGGAGUGACGGAGAAAUAUGUGAGAAUGAUUCAAGAUACAAGAUUCAAGAAUGUUACCACCAAGGUCCGAUGCACAUUAGGAAUGACAGAUGGGUUUGAGGUUAAGGUUGGCUUGCACCAAGGCUCGGCCCUUAGCCCAAUACUGUUCAAUGUGGUUAUGGAUGUGAUGACAGAGGAAGUGCAUGAAGAGCCACCAUGUAUGCCGAUGACAUCGUGUUGUUGGCGGAGACGAAGCAGGAGCUACAGAGGAAGAUGGAAGGAUGGAGAACUGCACUGGAGAGUAGAGGGCUGA